CACCACGAAAAAAAAGGACAGCAUCUCGUAUCGCCAACCUGCUUCAACAUCACCGCGUCCAAGAAGCAUUUGGCGCUGCUGGCCUUCUUCACGACCUACCGAAGCAUUCAAAUUUUGCGCAGAGCCGCGUAUUUCCACUCCUUAUUUCCUAUCUUGUCUGCCUUCGCGAGAGCUGCCACUGGCUAACCCCUCCAUCACCAUAUUGAACACGACGCCUUGUCGCAUGCCACAUUCCCACCAUGGACCCUGCUGUUGAGCCCGAGCUUGACUCCUUCAGCUUGACAUUUCCUUUGCCUUAUAGAAUUGGCUUCAUCGUCACCUUAGCUGUCUGGGGAUGGGGUCUUAACCUCCACGGCCUCUAUUUGUUCAAGAUCGACUUGCCGACCUUAAUAAAAUACCCUGUGCGGUCAUCGCCACAACAAGUAUCGCAUCACUUGUCAACAUAUCGACUAGCGACCGUUCUCUCGGGGCUCUUUGCCUUCUCCAUUACCCUCUUUUGGAUCUGCACAUGGCGCAUUCCGUCCCGCGUUAUCGAAUAUGACUGGAUACCCAUGACAUACUUGGUCGCAAUGAUUGCCGUCUUCUUUGCUCCGCUAAAGCAUCUGCCUUCCAAUGGCCGCAGACGUUUCCUAGCUACACUUCGCAGAGUCAGCAUCGGCGGCAUCGCUGAAGCAAAGGACGGCAAGUUUGGAGAUAUUCUGCUCGCUGAUGUCUUAACCUCCUAUGCAAAGGUAUCAGGAGACAUCUUUGUCACCAUUUGCAUGUUCUUCAGCACUGGUGGUUCCUCCACCGAUCGCCCGGACCGAAACUGUGGAGGUGAAGUCAUAGUACCUCUUCUGAUGGCUGUCCCCAGCGCUAUCCGGUUCCGGCAAUGUUUUAUCGAGUACUUUAGAGUGCGUAAUGCCCCUUACAGAGAGUCAGCAGGCUGGGGUGGACAGCAUCUCGCCAACGCGCUCAAGUACUCCACGGCAUUCCCAGUCAUCAUCACGAGUGCACUGCAGCGUAGCGCCGAUGAUGACAACAGCAAGACACUGCUCUACAGGGCAUGGCUAGUAGCGGUUGUUGUCAAUUCCAUGUAUUCAUUUUACUGGGAUGUGGCCAAGGAUUGGGACCUAACCUUGUUCUCAUCUCCCCAGCCACGCAAACUCGGUCAUAAGCAAGCCUGGGGUCUACGUGAGAGGCUUGUGUUUCACGAACCCAACUUGUACUAUAUUGUCAUCGCUAUUGACUUCUUGCUACGCUGCACAUGGUCAAUGAAGCUCAGCCCCCACCUGAACCGCUUCAGUGACUGGGAGAGCGGUAUCUUCUUGAUUGAGUUCCUUGAGGUGCUACGCCGAUGGAUCUGGAUCUUCUUCCGCGUUGAAACAGAAGCAAUUCGAAACUCUACAUCAUCAGGAAUGGAAAUCGACGAUAUCCUCCUCGGUGACUAUGAGGGUGAUGGCAACGACGACGAUGAUAUGCUGUAGCGGUACAGCAACCAUGGUCGAACAAGGUCAACUUAUCUGCUUUUCUUUGGAGUUAACUUGGGUAGGCUACAUAUUUGGGCAUGUAUAUUAGGCGAACUGGUUACGUUAGACUGGCUUCAGGUAGAGGAAAAAUUGGAGCCCGGCAUCAAACAUAGUACAAAAGAUGCAUUAUUUAAUAGACCUGUUGUUCAACCUCAUUGUUCUCAGAGAGUGUUACGCAGCACAACAUGCAAGCCGCUGGAUCUGGCAUUCGGCACAGCCGCACAUGAUUGAAGAGGUUUGGCUUGGUAGAUUGGCCUAGAUCAAGAGUCAUAUCCGCUUCGUGGCAAUGAACACGGCUCCAAGCCUUUGCUG